GGCAAAGGAAAGAAAGGCAAAAAGGGCAACGGAAAAGGCAAGUACGGAAAGGAUGGCAAAGAUGGAGAAGGAGGCUCCAAGGAUGGAGCAGCCAAUCUUGCUGAUGCUGCCCAAGGUAGCGCCUCUGCCGCUGCCGCAACUACUUUCUUCACUGACCACACGAACUUCUACAACCUUUCUUUCAUGGCCACCGAGAACAACGAAGCCUUCAUCACGCAGCCGUUGACUCCAACCUCGAUGGCUUUGGACCUUGGUUGCACGAGGGCGAUGACCUCGAGAGUGGCCGCGCAGGACCUCAUGAAGUUCUACGACCAGAACAAGGACUGUGGCAGUUGGUACCACGCAGCUGAGACUCAGUCUCAGUUCACCUUUGCCAACUCCGAGUCGACUAAGUGCAAGCAGAAGCUCGUCAUUUGCAUGUACGGCCGGGAGUUUUCAGUCCAGUCCACUGAGUUCGACAUCGUUGAGCAGGGCCACGCUCCAACCUUGAUGUCCCUGCCUCAAAUGCGAAACCUCAGGUUCCAGUUUGACCUUCAACCGGACAAGGCUUUCUUGAGCAGUCCUAUACUGGGCAUUGAGAAGAUGCAGCUCAGGGUUGGAUCUCCCGAGGACAUUGUUAGCAAAGGCAAGCCUGAAGACAGCUCAAAGGAUCGGGAAGUCGCCGGAGGCUUCCCCCUCGAGGAGAUUGAUGAGCUGUACACGCGACCCUUCGAGGACAUCGUCGUGGAAGAAUUCAUCGAUCGUCUCCCUGGACCGACAAUCGAGGAGGUCGACGAGCCCAUGAACCAGGCCGGCAGCUCCACUGAUGCGCCAGCGGACUCUCCCUCUGGAGAGGUAUCUGACGUCAAGGUCGAAAAAACUGAAGGCUCUUCCUUUGACGAGGUAUCAGAACCCAAGGACGUGCACAUGGAGGAUGCUGGCGAAUCUGACCAACACGACGAGAAGGAGGACAUGGGAAGCUUUCCCCCUGGAGAGGAACCCGUGCCUGACAUCAAUUCCUCUUCUGAUGCCGACAAUGAUGAUGACCAGCUUCAUGAUCAGGGCAUUUGGGGGAAGCAGAAGAACGUCGGUGAGCCAGGGGCCUAUGAAGCGGCGGCCAAAGCCACAGCCGAUGCGGAAGCCGAGAAGGAACAGGCUUUCGAAGAUUUUGCUGGUGAGAAGGAGAAGGAAGGGUUGGUCGAUACGGUCGACUACCAGAACUUCCAUGAAGCCUAUCACCUUACGGAACGUAUGAGCCCGCUCAUGCGCCUUUCCGAACAGCAAAACGGCUAUGGCCAGACAGGUCUCUACCAUGACAGCCGCCUCGACAAUAUCAACUCCUUUAAGGUCCAGCACAUGUAUUUCCGCGUUAAGGCCCCCCCUCACUUCCACAUGAAGUACAACUUCUCAGAGGAGGACCUUAUGGAACAGGUGUGCCGGAUGGAGCCGAUAUACAAUCGUCGAACAACUCGGUUGGAUGUCGUCUUCCGGGCAGGCGGCUAUCGAAGCACCCUUGACGACCGCGAGAUGGCAAAGGCUUCAAGGGCUCGAGAGGAGGCUUUGGAACUUAACCAUAUGCUCCUCGAGAGACUUCGAGAGCUCAACCGUGAUCGCCGUUCUGCAGGCCGGGAAGAGUUGAUCAACGCUAUGCUUCAUUACUUCCUGGCAGCUGGCGUGGACGAUGAUGAACUCGGGGACCUCUCCCUUGAGAG